UAAGGUAGCAGUGUUUCUUGUCGGUCGACAAGCAUAUACCGAGGUUUGAAGAAUGGAUGAAAUGGAUGGUAUAACAUCACUGUUUAGUCGACUAUCGGCUAAGUUUAUCGACCCAGAACUCAGUAAGCCACACCUGGUGCAGCCGAAAUUCUGUAAAAAAGAAGUGCACCGUAGACUCCGAAUCAAACUAUACAAUGAGCUUUUCAAACUACGUAGAGGACUGCAUGCAAAUAAUGAAUCAGUUUGUCAGAAGAGUAGUAAAAGUCGGUUCAGUGCUAAGGAUAAGUUUUUUGUGUUGGCGUAUGAAUAUAGAAAAAAGAGACAAUUCGACAAUGCUGAUAGACUAGAAGAGUUGGUCAACAGUUUACCGCUUGGUGGACAAGAUGACCACACAGAGCUGGAGUCAGUGCUGUCGUUCCUUCUUUUGUUAGCCAACAUAGAUGCAAAAAAACCCACAGUACCAGUUGGACAUGCUGGCCUGAUACUGCCAAUUAGAACAAAAUCCAGGAAGAAUACAUAUGAAGUAAUGCCCACAGGUCCUCUGUGUUUUGGUGACGGUAGAGUUGUAUUCAAACCAGAUAAUCGACAAUAUAUACACUACCCAGAGCAUUUAUUUAGUGGUGCUACGGCUGGUGAAGACUUGAUUCCAAAUGAAAACCUGAUGAAAUCUCUUAGUGUGUUCGAUGCAUUACCCGGCCAAGACCUGAGUGGUAAUGGAUUGUUCAAUGUGUCGGGACUCAUCAAAGACAGCUAUGAGAGUUCGCUACAGAGUAGUCUCUUUUACGGUUUAACGCACAGUAAAGUCCAAAGUGUUGAAGUUGAAUUAGAUCUGCCUGAGUUACCAGAUAAUAUGGAUGCUAUGGCUCUAGGAUUACCGGUACCGAAAACAUUGCAUACAGAGAGCCCUGGAGACGAUGAGGGCUACCACGAAUCCAUAUCAAGUUCGUCCAUUGCUGAACAUACCAUUGAGCCAACAGAAGACAUCUGGGAAGCUGCAUUACAUUUCCAACCCAACAGAAACCAUACAUGGGAAACGAUUGGAAGAACACCCAGACGUAUAGAGCGCCCAUACGUGUCUGAGGCUGGGGCCAAAGUCUUUGACGAAGUGUACAAGCUUCGUCUCCAGGAUAUUUCUAAUAUCGACCCAAGUCUCAGAAAACCGGAUUUGAACCAGUUAACCCAGCAGCAAUUAGUCAAAGACAGUGUGAAUGUGAUGAUUGCAGUGCCCUCCGACACUUAUAAAUAUGAUGAGUCAAAAGAACUUUUCAUCAUCCAGUCUGGCACUCACAUGUCAGGUACAUCUCCGGAGAGUUUCCAGUGCGUUCUACAACAAUUUUCCAGUAUGGGAACUAACUUUCAGAAGCUGAGUACAUUCUGCACACAGGAUACCAUGUCAUCAUUCUACUCUGCAGGACUGGUCUUCCAGGCAUCAAGUGGUGUUCUGAAAUACCUACGUAUCUACCAGUCAAUGGUACUCGGUGCACCUACAGGGAAGAAUGUCACUGUACUCUUGUUGUAUAACUUGUAUCAGAAGUGGGCCACUCAGUUGAGAAAUAAUUGUCUUGAAUGUUUGUUUACUACACAGCACCAUCUAUGCAACUCUGAAGUAGACAUACCCCGUCUGAUGAUUACACUGUGUGUUGACGAACUACGUUCUGUGCAGAAUCGUAAGAAUGUUUAUAUCACUGUGAUGAAUCAGAUUGCACGACUCAAGUCUAUGUCCAUAGAGGAAAAGGAAAUUAGAGCUGAGUUGGCAAAGCAGCAGCUGCUGGUCACUGCAAAAAGAACUGCAGCCAAAGAGUUGAUGAGAAUAAAAGAUGAAAUGAAGCAGGAGAGAAUGGCAGCUGAUGUGAAGAAAAGGAAACAUUUCCAGGAACUGAAAGAGGAGAUGGAGAAGUCUGUGCAGAGACGAGCGAUGAUAGUGGAAAAGGAAAAAGAAGAGGACGAAAAACGAGUAGAGGACAUCAUUAAAAAGGAACAAGACGAAAAAAAUGCUGCAAGUGAGCUUGAAAAACAGACUAGGGAAGAGAUAAUUGAAUACUACAAUGAGUUGUCGGCAGAAGCUGCUAUCAGAGAGCUGCGUGCACUUUGGAAGAUCAGGCGUCAUCAACUCGAUGAUGCCCGAAUUGAAUUUAUGAGACAAAAUGAAAUCAACCUCAAACAGGCCUUGGAAGACAAGAAGAAUGCCCUUGAAAGAGCCUUGGGAUUACAGCAGGAAGUUUCUUCUUCAUCCGUUGCUAUGCCAACUUCUGCUAGAUUAUCAAGACCAACAAAUUCUAUUGUACCUGGGCAGCCAGAUAUUCCAUUGAGCACAUUUCUAAAACCAAAUAUCCAGGAACCUGUGGACCAAGAUGAUUCACCUGGCAUCUCCAAAGAGUCUUCACCCUCUGUGAGACCUAAGGAACAACACAAAGAAAAACAAGUUAAAACAGAGCAUGCUGCAUCCAACAGUGUGGCAGGUAAUGAGCAUUCUGCCAAAAAAGAUGUUGUCGAUAACCUCAUAACUUUGGAUGAUAUAACUAUCAUAGAGGAUGGAAAACCUAAUGAAAAUAUUGAAGAUGCCUUAUCAUUAGUCAGAGAUAUGCCCAGCCCUGCAAAAAGUCAGAGUAAAGUUCCCAUGAACUUGCUAGACUUCUCAAUUAAUGAUUUUCUACCAAAGGAUCCAAAAGACGGAAAAGUGAAUGAAAGUCUGGAAGAGACAUCGGGAGAAGCCACCUUAGAUGACAUUCUACUUGACAUUGGUUCAUCCCUUCCGACUCAGAGCCAUGAUGUGUUGAAUGAACCGCCAACUGCACAGCAUCCCUCUGAUGACAUUGCUGGUGAUAUUCUCUAUCCUGAUGCGAAAAACACCAAAACCAAUGAGAAUCUACCUUCUACUAAUGCACACGGACAUCCAUCUGAAUCCACUUUCACUGCCGGAGGUGUUUCAGUCGAGGAUGUUCUUAAUAUAAUAAAACCUAAUGUUCAUGGUCAUACUAGCGACUCCAUCGCUGGCUGUGUUAUAUACUCUACGCAAGGGUCUGAAGACCCAAGACCUUCUGCUAACGUCCAUGGCCAUCCAUCUGACUCAAAACUAUCAGGAAGAGAUGAUGUUAUUGGAGAAGAUGACUCUGCAAAGCCCCGGCCCAGUGAGUUUGGUCAUGCUAGUGAUGCUAAAGCAGGGAACAUUAUUUAUUCUUCUGAGGGUGCUGAGGAAUCCAGACCAUUACCUAACAUCUACGGACAUCCCUCAGACUCUGGCGCCUUUGAUGAUGUUGUAGCAGUUCACAUGCCAAGGGCGAAUGAAUUUGGCCAUGCCAGUGAGGCUUCAGCAGGACAUGUGAUUUAUUCCACUGAAGGAGUGGGUGAGAAUCUGCCAGUACGAAGUAUGUACGGCCAUUCCAGUGACUCGACUGUCAGUUCUGUUUUGUAUCCUGAGAACGCGAGAUACAUAGAAGAAUAUGAAAUGACAAAGAGAUUGCUCAAUAAAAUGGAUGGAAAGAAGAGUGAUGAAGAUGGCGGUGAUGAUAUUGGUCUUCCAGGGUUACCACUGAAGUCUUCUGAGAAGAUGUACAAAAUCAAAGUGGUUGCUAAUGAUACUGGUGUAUCAGUCAGUCCGAAACCCCAUCCAUCAGACUCUAGGGUUCAGAAUCUCGUGCAUGUUAGUAAUCACGCUCCCGGGAAAAAGACACAUAGUGGAGCUGAUGUCGAUUAUUCACUCAAUCCUGUUGUGUUUGUCCAACAGAAGCGUCAUCUGUUGCUUCACCCCUCUGACUCCUCAGUUCAGUCGAUGAUGUAUCCAGAACCUGGCGAUCUCUGGCACAAGGAACCAACGGCCGUGCAGUCACGGAACAAACCCGCAGGACGUCCCUCUGAUUCCAAAAAUCUGAAUCUUGUGUAUGGAAUGCCUAAGCUGUCCAAACGAGGAAGAUCAGAUGGAGAAAGUGGCAUGGAUCAAGUACAAAGUCGUGGACAAGAUUUGGGAAUGCGAGCAAAAGCAUUGAUGUACCCUGGACUCUUCAACAAAGAUACCUAUGAUGGGGACAUUGAUGAUGACAGAGACUCUGUCCACCAGUCUUACCAUGUAUGGCUUGGUGAUGUGGUGGAACCGUUGAGAGUUAACUUUGAUGUCCUAAAAACUGAUUUAUUAGCUAAUGCUGGUAUAGCCCCUGUAUCGUCCGAACUAGGUGACUAUGGUCUAGCGUUGACUGAAGACGAUAACAUACAAGCAUCAGAGUUGUACUGUUUACCGGUCAUAUUGAAGAGGUCAAUCACGUCAACGUUAACUGCUCAGAUUAACCUGGUAAACCGCAGCAUAUUAGAUUACUUCAUGGUCGAUCUCAACAUUGAUAGACACUUUGAAUCACUCAGACACUUUCUGUUUCUGGAGGACGGAGAGUUUGGACAUAGAUUGUGUCAUCAGUUGUUUGAACGGCUUGCCCAAGGAGCUACUCCGGUAGAAUUGUUGUCACCGAUGUCUCUGAAUUCCAUCUUGGCUAAAGCUCUGCAAGCAGCUGUCUAUGGAGAGACCAAAUUCGCUGAAAACCUCAGCUUUGCACUCAAGUAUUACCCUUUAGCGUUUAAAAGAAAUUCUAUUGAUGCAUUAGAUUGUUUAGAGCUUCGAUAUAAAGUUGCUUGGCCGCUCAAUAUCGUCAUCACCGAGAGUUCUAUGAUGAAGUACAAUAAGAUACUGUCAUUUAUGCUGCAACUAAAAAGAGCAUCCUGGGUUCUACGAGAUGUCUAUUUUCAUCUGAAGCGUAGUGCUCUGAUGAACCAUGCUGGCAAUUCUACUCAGUUUAGACACUUACAGCUUUUCAGGCAUGAAAUGCAGCACUUUGUUCAUGUGAUGCAAGGGUACAUGUCUAAUCAAGUUGUACAUGUUAGCUGGCUAGAAUUCCAACAGCAACUCAAAGAGAAGGUUCAUAACUUGGAUGAUUUACAUCACUGCCACGCUGAAUACCUCAAUAAAGCUGUCUUCAGGUCCCUUUUGAAUGAUAAAGCAUCCGCUGUUAUGAAGAUUAUCACCAACAUUUUGUGCCUGAUAUUAAAGUUCCGUACACAGCUGGUAUCUGUCAAUUGGCACUAUGAUCCCCUAGCUAGACACGCAGUGCAUCCUGCGUUUGAAAACAUGAAAGCUUCGUUCAAAGCCUUCAAAGAGUACUCAGGAUUCCUAUAUAAAUUGGUCAAUAAACUCACUCGUGGAUACCAGCCUCACUUGGAUGAUUUCAUCUUGCGUCUUAAUUUCAAUGGUUUCUAUGACAACAAAGUCGGAUUGGUCAAGCCUCCAUUUGAGAGAUGAUUAUGCCUGCUUAUUUUAGUUCUCUUUGAAAUGUACUUUUGUUUUUUUUCAGCGUUUAGUUUUUGGAAUAACAUCCUGUGAAAACAAUCAUUAUUACCUACAUGUGCUUGUUGAUUAUUUAGCUAUUAGAUCUUGCUAAGAUAUCAUACAAAAUCUAUUUUGUAGGUAUUAUAACAAUUUAUCAUGUGUUUGACAGCAGGGGCUUUUCUGCAUAAAACAAACAAUGCUUUUGAACUCAAUAAAUAUGUGCCUUGAUGUCGCCGUACUGUCAGUCAACUGUCAUAACUGGAUUAGAAUGCACCCAUUUGGAAAAAUCACCCAUUGUAAGGACAUCAACCAUUAUUUUUGAUCUUACAUUCACAAAAAAUACUUAAUGAGAUGACAUUCACCACACUUGCUUUAAA